AUAUAUCAAUUAUUGACUCUCCCCCGUCGCGUCUUCGGCGUAUAAUACACUCUCGAACUUAUCGGCGCGUAGCAACCAAAGACGCUAUGAUAUUAUACUGGCAUGCAAGGAAUUUUUUAUAAUAUACAAUCAUCGCAGACGAGAUAUUCCAUAAGUUCAGGGAUCAGAAGUUUUUGAACUUUUUAAAACGUUUAACCCGGGCCCCGAGCUCUCGUUUUUCACAGCAAUGUAGGCCUAGAGCAUGCCAAACUUUACUACCGUUCAGCGAUCUUGUGCAGUAAUUUUGUACGGUUUCGAGGCGGUUGACGAUUAAAAGCUUCAGUCUUCAUUCGUAAAUCCAAAGAGUUGGCCGUGGUAUAUCAAUGGUAAUAUCAUGGUAUAAUACACACUGUCGAGAUGGAUAUCUACGGCUGAGUUGUAUGAAGGAGAUAUAAACCGGGAGAUAGUAAAAAAUAACACACGGACGCCACAAUGUGCCGCUGGGGAUGCCCUACUGUCGACACGACCUACAUGUGUAAAUGGUGUGGGACGAGAUACUGCCGGGCCUGUCUUCGCGGGGAUUUCACAGGGGUCAUGCCCGAGCCCUCACGAUGUCGAAAGUGCAAUCAGAAAAAAUGCCAGGGUGAACGCGUGGAGUAUGUGGAGCCUAAACACCCGGUCAGCACGGACAAGAAAGGACGAGGACUCUCUUCUAAAUCCUCAAGAUCAUCGAAAUCAGCCAAAUCAACAAAGUCUAUAAAGAAAUCUGCCAAAAGGAAAUCGGGCAAGAAGCGGAAGAAAUGAAGCGAGACGGAAGACCUGUCACGUGACCAGUGCGGCAGAGCCAAUCAGGAUCUGAGUUUAAUGCGAUCUCAAGCUUUUAUCACCUCUUAUAAUGAUGACCGAAAGCGAGCUAUCGCGCGAUUGCAUCGAGGACGGAUCCUGCAACAUUGUAAAUCUACCGAACUUGCCCGUCAUAUCCCAAUGAAUAGGUGAGAGGUCUUUGUCGAAGAACUGAUCGUCGUAAAAAAAACUCUGAGCUGACGAAAAAAGUGCAAAUCUGUCGCUUGUCCAGAGUCACGGACGACACUGCUGUUUCGAUUCAACGACCCUCGACAAAGACUUCAUUGUCAUGAAAGGCAUUAGACAAUAGAUUCUCUACGUUCCAGAAAGCGUCUGCGUAGUGUUUCCGAUAAACUUCCUAAUGACAAACGGCAUCGCCGUGUCGGGACGCGAACCCUGUGGGUGUGUUGGUGUCCUUUACCCACCACGGCAACAAUUUACUUUCGUCACUCUCAACCCAGGUAUACAACACUGCAGGCAUAUAAUUGACACAGACAGGAAAUGAACUUUUGAAGACAGGUGGGACUUCACAAAAAACUAGCACAAAUACAAUUUGCUGUACACAAGUCAAUGCCGAGGAUUUUACAUUGCUUUCCUCGAGUGAAGGGUUUGCACAGCAAACUACAGCGGCAAAGCCCCAUCUGAGUUCUAAAAUUGUUGGACAUUAUUGCGCUGCAUAUAUUGCAAUGAUAAGUACUAUACUGUAUUAUGACAGUUAUACCUCUUGUCUUGCUUGUGAUAACAAUUACGAAACAGGUUCGAAAUAAUGGCCAUAAUUUACAGGAGCUCGGCCAAACUCUUGAGGAAGAUAAUGUCAUUUAAUUUCGACAUUAUUUUUUUACAUAAAGAAGAACAAAUAGAAGAGAUGGCUUAAGACUCCUCUGAAUAUAUUGAAACACAAUGUUCAGAAUGUUUCAUUCGAACAUUAUGUAUUCAAACGUGUAACCAAGUUUAAUAAAACUCAAGAUACGCUUGGAGAAUCUGUUUUGCUGACUUGAUAGGCCUAAUUUAUCUGUUUAACUUGCUCUGAGAAAUGGAAAAUGGACGUAUGGAAAUUCCUUGAGAUAAUUGUGCCAAUAUUAUAUUUUUAGCCAAAUUUGUGUAUAUGAGUGAACCGAAUUUAAAAAAAAAAUGUUGGUACCGUUAUUUUUUCGACCAUGUUAUUUCACCGCCAUUUUGCAUAAAGGACUUUUUAAAAUCUUUAGUCCUAUCAACGUUUUAAGCAUUGUGUAAGGUUCAAAAUUUGAGGAAAAUCACUUAAUUGAUAUGAUAGUCUAACACUCUCAAUAAAUCUUUAUAUUAGCUGAAAUGUCGGAUCAUUUUGAUUGGCGCCAUCUUGAAAUUCAAAAUGGCCGUCAUCAUUUAAAUUCAUUUGACUUCGAUAUAUACGGUUGCAUCAAAAAGAUUAAAAUUUGUUGUAAUGGAACCAUAACACGUGGAGCGUUGUGGCCCAGUGGAUUAGUCUUCCGACUUUGAAACAGAGGGUUGGUCGUGGGUUCGAAUCCCAGCCAUGGCGUAAUUUCCUUCGGCAAGAUUUUUAUCACAUUGUGCUGCACUCGACCCAGGUGAGGUAAAUGGGUACCUGGCAGGAAUAUAUUCCUUGAAAUGCCACCGCGCUGUAAAAGGCUCCGGGGCUAAGCCAGGGUAAAAAUAUCCAAUUAAGCGUAUAGGGACGCAUUUGGCAGUGAUAUGCGCUAUAUAUUAAAGCAUGUUGGUAUUAUUAUUAUUAUUAUUAUACCAUCUAUUCUUCGGAUGUAAAAAUGUGCCUACCACUUCUCUUAUUCAACUAUUUCGUAUAAUAUACGUAAACACCGCAUAAUUCAGGUGGAAUCGCCUUCACAAAAUGCCCCAACCCCCAAUUUAUCUAUUUUUUCAAAUAGUGCAAUAAACGAGUAUCAUUGAAA